AUGGACGGCGAGCGCCGGGCAUCUCCGCCGCGCGGCUCGGGGCUCGCGGCCGGGGGCGCGCGGGAAGACGGCGCCCCGGGGCCCGGCGGCCGCAGCUCCUCCGCGCUGCUGCCCGCCGACGUGCUGGACCUGGACGAGGACGAGGACGACCUGGAGGUGUUCAGUAAGGAUGCCUCACUGAUGGACAUGAACUCCUUCAGCCCUGUGAUGCCAACGUCUCCUUUAUCAAUGAUAAAUCAAAUCAAGUUUGAAGAUGAGCCAGACUUAAGGGAUCUCUUCAUUACAGUUGAUGAACCUGAAAGCCAUGUUACUACGAUUGAAACUUUCAUCACCUACAGGAUUACCACUAAGACAUCUCGUGGGGAAUUCGACUCCAGUGAAUUUGAAGUGAGGAGACGUUAUCAAGAUUUCCUUUGGUUGAAGGGAAAACUUGAAGAAGCACACCCUACUCUGAUUAUUCCACCACUGCCAGAAAAGUUUAUAGUGAAAGGAAUGGUGGAACGCUUUAAUGAGGACUUCAUUGAGACGCGCAGGAAGGCGUUGCAUAAAUUUUUGAACAGGAUCGCUGAUCAUCCAACUUUAACAUUUAAUGAAGACUUCAAGGUUUUUCUCACUGCACAAGCUUGGGAACUCUCUUCUCACAAGAAGCAAGGGCCUAGCCUGCUCAGCAGGAUGGGGCACACAGUUAGAGCCAUUGCUUCCUCCAUGAGAGGAGUUAAACACCGACCGGAGGAGUUCAUGGAGAUGAAUAACUUCAUUGAAGUAUUUAGCCAGAAAAUUAAUCUCAUAGAUAAAAUAUCUCAGAGAAUUUACAAAGAAGAAAGGGAAUACUUUGAUGAAAUGAAAGAGUACGGCCCAAUCCAUAUUCUGUGGUCAGCAUCAGAAGAAGAUCUGGCUGACACUCUCAAAGGUCUUGCCAGCUGCAUUGACAAGUGCUGUAAGGCCACUGAGAAGCGGAUGUCUGGCCUCUCCGAGGCCCUGCUCCCUGUUGUACACGAGUAUGUGCUUUACAGUGAAAUGCUAAUGGGUGUGAUGAAAAGAAGGGACCAAAUACAAGCAGAAUUGGAUUCCAAAGUCGAAGCUUUGACUUACAAAAAGGGAGAUUCUGAGCUGCUUACAGAGGAGAUUGGAAAACUUGAGGAUAAAGUGGAAUGUGCUAAUAAUGCCCUGAAAGCAGAUUGGGAAAGAUGGAGACAAAAUAUGCAAAACGACAUCAAGUCAGCCUUCACCGAGAUGGCCGAAGACAAUAUCCACUAUUAUGAACAGUGCCUUGCUACGUGGGAAUCAUUCCUUACAGCACAGACUGGCCUUCACAUGGAAGAAGACUCUGAAGAUAAACUUUAAUCCCAUUGAGGUCUUCUGCGUGGUCUUUGGGAGACAGCAUCUAUCAACCGAUGUUAUUCUGUCUGGGUUGGCUGUGCCCUUUAUAAAGUGGAAGAAACACACUGAAUACUAUCUGGAAAACCAACAACUUGAAA